AUGACUACCCCUUAUGCUGCUCGCCCUGUUGAUAACCUCGGUCAUGCUACGCACCCCGCCCUUCACCUCCGGGAUGCAAGGGAUGCCCACGUCGUGUUCGAGGCUGUCCGUCUGGGCGUGUUGCCAUUGAUAACUCGCCGCCUCACUGCCAAUGAGCGUGAGCAGCUUGUUUCUGGGAACGUUUUUGUGUGGGAAGAAGCUGAGCACAAGCAAGUAGGCGGACUGGAACGAUGGACAGAUGGGAGGCGUUGGUCGCAGAGCCGCAUGCGAGGAGACUACCUCUUCUACGAAGAGAAGAUAGAGACGACGGCGGAAGAGAAGGAAGCCAAGGCUGCCCGUCGGGCUCGGCGAACGUUGGACCCCUUUGCAGCCCCUCCAGCUCCCAUCCGAAGACAAGACAGGCCAACCAAGCCAGAUGGCCUCACGAAGCAGACGUAUUCCACACACGUCCACACACGUCGAGGCGAACCGCCUCGAAAGUGGCACAUCGUCGCGUACUUCUCAGGCGACGACUACACGCGGCUUCCCGUCAUCGAGAACUACGAAUACCUCCGCAAUAUUCGGGUCCCAGAAGGGAUCUUCACGUCUGCAAAGGGGAACAUCGCUCGAUUUGGCCGCGUACUUGAAGAUAGUGACGGGCACGAAUCCCCUCGCGCGGGUAUGGACUACCCAGAAUGGUCCCCAGCUCCGUGGGCUCUCCCGUCUUCCCCAGUCCACCGUGGGGUGCCCACUGCUGAUAGGCCUAUGUCCUCCUCGUCGUCAUCAUCGUCUUCGGCUGCACAAAACGCCCCGAAGCAAUACACGGUAGGACAACACCGACCCAGCAGUGCGUCUGGUAUCCUCCCCAGGCUGUCUACUGUCAUCCCUGUCGGACCACUCACACCUCCCGCUUCUCCAAUGUAUCCCACGAGUCCAAGCGGCGCGCCGAGUAGCUAUAAACCGCUGACAGCCGAAGACCGACGAGCACUCAACAGCUUCCGGCUGGCCCUCUAG